AUGUGGAAACAGAUUAUAAGUAAGCUUCCAAAGAAGUCUUCUUCAAAGAACCAUUCUUCAUCUAACACCACCACUACAGCAUCUACUUCCAAAACUAGUGACAAUGGUAAAUCUGGCAACUCUCACACCAAGAACUCUCCCGCUGCAAAAUCCUCUGCUUCUCCAUCUCCUUCUGAUUCAUUGUUAAAAGACGGGACUUUACCAAAAGGAAACGGUUUCACUCCCUACGAAGCAUUGCCGAGUUUCAAAGACGUUCCAAACGCGGAAAAACCAAACCUUUUCUUGAAAAAGCUCACCUUGUGCUGUGCAUCAUUCGAUUUCUCCGAUCCAACCAAGAGCGUCAAGGCGAAAGAGAUCAAACGUCAGACAUUGCUCGAGCUAGUGGAUUACGUAGCUUCAGCGAACGCCAAGUUCAGCGAGAAUGUGAUCCAAGAAUCCAUUAGAACGGUCUCUGUGAACAUAUUCAGAACGUUGAAUCCUCAGCCGAGAGAGAACAAAGUGAUUGACGCUUUGGAUUUGGAGGAAGAAGAGCCGUCCAUGGAUCCAGCUUGGCCUCACUUGCAGCUUGUCUACGAGCUUCUCUUGAGGCUCAUCGCUUCGCCGGAGACAGACACGAAGCUGGCUAAGAAGUACAUUGACCAAACGUUUGUCACACGGUUGCUUGAUCUGUUUGACUCAGAGGAUCCUAGAGAGAGAGACUGUUUGAAAACAGUGCUGCAUCGUGUCUACGGCAAGUUCAUGGUGCAUCGUCCGUUUAUCAGGAAGUCCAUCAACAACAUCUUUUAUAGGUUUGUGUUCGAGACUGAGAAACACAACGGGAUCGCUGAGUUUCUCGAGAUCUUGGGGAGUAUUAUUAAUGGAUUCGCUCUGCCGCUUAAAGAAGAGCACAAGGUGUUUCUUGUGAGAGCCUUGGUGCCUCUCCACAAGCCGAAGUGCUUGCAGAUGUAUCACCAGCAGCUGUCUUAUUGCAUCACUCAGUUCGUGGAGAAAGACUGCAAGCUCGCUGACACGGUUAUAAGAGGGCUGUUGAAGUCUUGGCCCGUCACGAACAGCUCCAAGGAAGUCAUGUUUCUCAACGAGCUGGAGGAAGUGUUGGAAGCGACUCAGCCGCCUGAGUUCCAACGCUGCAUGGUCCCUUUGUUUCGCCGAGUCGCUCGCUGUUUGAACAGUCUCCAUUUUCAGGUUGCAGAGAGAGCUUUGUUCUUGUGGAACAACGAUCAUAUAGAGAAUCUGAUAAUGCAGAACCGGAAAGUGAUUCUUCCGAUUAUAUUUCCUGCAUUGGAGAGGAACACACAGAAGCAUUGGAACCAAGCUGUUCAUAGCUUGACGCUGAACGUGCAGAAGAUAUUUAACGACGUUGAUCCGGAGUUUUUCAAGGAGUGUCUUGCUAAGUUUAGAGAGAAUGAGUCGAAAGAAGCUGAGACUGAAGCGAAACGAGAGGCGAGGUGGAAACGGUUGGAGGAAAUUGGGAUGCAAAAGCAAAAGAGUUCAUCUUAA